CCGCCACGCCGAGCCUGAGCACGUGGGGACGGCCGCUGAGACGGGAGCGCAGUCGGGGUCGGGGCCUGGGCGAAGCCGGCGUGAGGAAUAUAGUUGUCCUGGCACUGUUGCACGAGAAGGGGAGAAUAUACAGCUGGCCAGCUCACAGCUCUUAAAAGCAAUUAACGGUUCUAUAAAGUCCAUUAACUUAGCUGUGAUGACCAUGCUCCUAGAGGAAACUUUGGCUACUCUGUGAAGGAAAUUUCUGUUUUCAACUCUCAGGACUGCAAGGACCCUUUUAUUAAUCACAGAUAAGCAGUGAGGAAGAGGCUAAAUCUGCCUAGUACAAAUAUAUAAAACUGUAAAGGCCGAGCUCAUGGUUCAGCAGAGCUAAUGAAGGACAUCUUACAGCAAAGUACUGAAGAUUCAUGAUGUUACGGUUACUUGGCAACCACCACCUUUACGGGGGUCACAAAAAUCUUCUCUUCAGAUAAGUGAUGAUCCUGGAGCUCCAUAUUCUUAAUACUAUGAAUUGUAUCUUUCUGCAUUUGGUUUCUUCUCUCACUUGCAGAGAAGAAACUUUCAGCCAGGUCAAAUGAUCUCUGUUGCAAUGACUGACAGUCCUUUUGCUUGAGUAGUUGGUACAAUCUUAGAGGAGCUUAUCUGUUAUAGGGACUGUAUAACAGCCUGCUCUCUUUCGAUUGGAUGGUACGCUAGUAGACACAUUAGCAGGUGUUGCUGUUACACUGAGGAGCGUGGUACAAGGAGGGGUGCUUUUAUUGCUGUCCUGAAGAAGAACACAACAGUGUGAACAGGAUGGAGCGCCUGGCUUCCUUCAGCCAUGACCCUUUUGAUAAACCACCUUGCCGAGGCUGUUCUUCCUACCUCAUGGAACCGUACAUCAAAUGUGCAGAAUGUGGACCUCCUCCCUUUCUCCUGUGUUUGCAGUGUUUCACACGAGGAUUUGAGUAUAAGAAACACCAGAGCGAUCAUACUUAUGAAAUCAUGACAUCAGAUUUUCCUGUUCUGGAUCCCAGCUGGACAGCUCAGGAGGAAAUGGCACUUCUGGAGGCUGUGAUGGAUUGUGGAUUUGGAAACUGGCAGGACGUGGCCAAUCAGAUGUGCACAAAAGCAAAGGAGGAGUGUGAGAAACAUUAUAUGAAACACUUCAUCAACAAUCCCUUGUUUGCAUCUACAUUGCUGAACUUGAAGCAGGCAGAAGAGGCACAAAACGCUGACACGGCCAUUCCAUUCCACCCUGCUGAUGAUCCUCCACGACCUACCUUUGAUUCCUUGCUUUCCAGGGACAUGGCUGGGUACAUGCCAGCUAGAGCUGACUUUAUUGAGGAGUUUGACAACUAUGCGGAAUGGGAUUUGAGAGAUAUAGAUUUUGUGGAAGAUGAUUCAGACAUUUUACAUGCUCUGAAGAUUGCAGUUGUAGAUAUCUAUCACUCCAGGCUAAAGGAAAGGCAGAGGAGAAAAAAAAUUAUAAGAGACCAUGGCCUCAUCAACCUCAGAAAAUUUCAGAUUCUGGAGAGACGAUACCCAAAGGAGGUCCAAGACCUUUAUGAAACAAUGCGACGGUUUGCAAGAAUUUUAGGCCCAGUGGAGCAUGACAAGUUCAUUGAAAGCCAUGCACUGGAAUUUGAACUGCGAAGGGAAAUAAAGCGUCUACAGGAAUACAGGACAGCAGGAAUCACUAACUUCUGUAGUGCAAGAACGUAUGAUCACCUCAAGAAGACACGAGAAGAGGAACGCCUAAAGCGCACAAUGCUUUCUGAAGUCCUCCAGUACAUCCAGGACAGCAGCGCCUGCCAGCAAUGGCUCAGUCGACAAGCUGACAUUGAUUCUGGCCUGAGUCCCACAAUGCCAGUUGCUUCAAAUUCAGGUAGGCGGAGCGCCCCCCCACUGAACCUCACGGGUCUCCCAGGCACAGAGAAACUUAACGAGAAGGAGAAAGAGCUCUGUCAGAUGGUGAGAUUGGUCCCUGGAGCCUAUUUAGAAUAUAAAGCUGCUUUAGUGAAUGAGUGUAACAAGCAAGGAGGCUUGAGAUUAGCCCAGGCUAGAGCACUCAUCAAGAUCGAUGUGAACAAAACCAGGAAAAUCUAUGACUUCCUGAUCAGAGAAGGAUACAUCACCAAAGCCUAAAGACACAUGUAGAAGCCCUGGCACAAGUGACAUAUGUGGAGAUGGCUUUGAAGUAGCUUUGACGAUACUGAAAGUUUUAAACUUUGUUGAAUCAAGGACACUUCUGUCUAAUUUUUUUUUUUUUUUUUUGUAAAAAGUAGGGAACUUUGUCAAAUUGUCCGAAUACUGACAUUUCUUGGUCUAGUUUUCUUUUGACUCUGCUGUAUAAACACUCCUGUUGGCAGUAUUAUGCUGCUAUGUACUUCCGAAAGAGUUGUGUGCCAUAUAAGCUAAUACUAAAUGUGAGUAGGCAUUCAUUUCUAACACCUCUUGUAGCUAUAAAGAGAACCAUGGGACUUGAUUCUUCUAGCACUGUGAGUUAAGAACAGAACUGCAACCCCUAAAAACACCUGUGGUUUGUGUGGGUGAAGGGGUUUAGAAACUAAUCCCCUCCCCUUCUCUCACUCCUUCAUGAAAUUGUGUUGGUUUUCAGAAGAGUACAUGCUUGAUGAUAUAAAAAUAGCGUUUGCAAAGGUCUGCUUCUUAAAAUUCUAAUGUGGAAGGAGGAGGGAAAAGUCACAGUAGGAAGUACAUUUGUAUGUAUUAGCUCAUAUCACAGCAAGAGUCAGAGACCUCACUCCAGUUUUGUUGUUUUUAAAAAGCUUAGUACACUCAUUAUUUGGUGACAAGUCAAGCUACAGGCAAUUCUUAGACUUAAAUCUCAUUUUUUGUUGCACAGUCCCAAAGGGAAGAGUGGAUGUUUCAGUCAGAAGCAGCCCUUUUUCAAAACACACAUAAACCGAUCGAUACCGGAACUCCUGCUUUCACCAAAACAUUCAAUUAAGACAAGUUACAAACCACUUGUGGAAUGUCCUUUUUGAACUUAGGGACGUGCUCACCUGUAUUCCUGCAUUCAGUGGGAAUGUGCUGAAAUAGCCAGCAGAAACUAUAAGGUUGUGACAGCUUACUGAAAAAAACCUAAUCAGCUGUUCUGUGAAUAAUUCAAUAUAACCAUUGUAUUAAGAAAUGUAACUAAG